CAAGAAAAAAAGUUAAGAGAUUAUUGCAAAAAUGGCUAUCAGCAAGAAAAAAUUAAUUUCAUUUGUUUUCACUGUCCUCUUCAUCAUAUCAUCUGUUAAUUGUCGUAUGAAAACUAGUUAUCCAGGUUAUGGAAUAAAGCAGCAAGAUAGACAAUGCUUCAAGAGUUAUGAAUACUUAUGUCGUGGUGGAGAAGGCGACUGUAAAGAUUAUUGUAGAGAUCAUGAUUAUGCUACUGGCUUAUGUGUUAGCCAUCCUGAUGCAUGUUGUUGUACGAUUUAAUUUACACUCAAAAACAAAAAUAAAUAAAUUUAAUAAAAUGUC